GAUUAGAUGAUGAUGAUGAUAAAAUGAUCCUCAGACGACACACAAAGACAACAAGAAAACCCUUCCAAUUUCUCUUCUGCCAACACAUUUUCCUAUUAAUUAUUUGUAUAAUCAAUUCCAUCCUCCAUUCCUUUUUCAUUAAUUUAUUAAUUUUGUCUUCGAUCUGAUUAUCAUCAUCUUCGUCAUCCUCACAGACCUUUUCAUCUGUCCCUUUCCUUCUCUUUUAAUUAAUCCUUCAAUUCUCUCCUUCACAAGCACACACUCACUCCCUGCACCAUUUUAAUCUCAUUCCUCUGAUUCCAUCAAGAAUUAUUAGUUGCAGCUAGCUAGAUAGAGACUGUGAUUAAUUUAUAACCUUCAGUAAGAGAUCGAUCGAUCCAUCCAUGGGGAGAGCUCCUUGCUGCGACAAGGCUAACGUCAAGAAGGGCCCAUGGUCGCCGGAGGAAGACGCCAAGCUCAAGUCCUACAUCGAUCAGCACGGCACCGGAGGAAAUUGGAUCGCUUUGCCUCAGAAGAUCGGGUUAAAGAGGUGCGGGAAAAGCUGCCGCCUGCGAUGGCUGAAUUACCUCCGCCCCAACAUCAGACAUGGCGGAUUCUCUGAAGAAGAAGACAACAUCAUCUGCAGCCUCUACAUAAGCAUCGGCAGCAGGUGGUCGAUAAUUGCGGCGCAGCUGCCGGGGAGGACGGACAACGACAUCAAGAACUACUGGAACACGAGGUUGAAGAAGAAGCUUUUGGGGAAGCAGCGGAAGGGGAAGCAGAAAGCUGCAAGAGAUUCUGCCUCUGCAAUUAGGGGAAUUACAAAACCUAAUUGUGGCGGGGAUAAUGCCGCCGGCGCCGCUGCAAUUCCUAACAGCCUUGUCUUCCUCCAGCAACCGCCGCCGCUGGCCGGCGGUUACGGCGGCUGCUUGCCGCCACAACUUCCGCCGCCGCCGCCGUCGGUUCUUCCUCCGGUGCCUUACUUGCCGGAGGAGCCGCGGUUCAACGACCACGCGUCCAUCAGGCGGCUGUUGAUCAAACUUGGGGGCAGAUUUUCCGACGAAGGCGGCGGCGAUGAUCAGAUCGCCGAUCAUCAUCGUCAUCAGUAUCCUGCCAUGAGUGACAUUUCUGUAAUUAAUCAGAAUAGUUACUGCUCUAUGGAUUUAACGGCGAGUAAUUCAAUGUCUCAAAUUCCGGUGAUUAACACGGCCGUGUUGUCGGGGGAGGCGCCUUGGGGAGGCGUCGUCGAUUUGUCGAACGAGGCUAUGGAGAGGCUAAUGUUCGAUUAUUCGAACGUUAAAAUGCAUCACAAUAAUAAUAAUGGUGAGAAAGAGGUGGAGGGAUUGGAUUUCUUGUAUGAUCACGAGAGCUCGACUGUAAUGGAUGAUUGGGGGGAGAUCAAUACUAAUAUGAUUUUUCAUGCGCCGGCGUCGCAGAGCGGAGAAGGGUUCUUGCAAGGAUCAACGGCGGCCAUGGAAGCUGCUGCAGGGAGCGGUUUGGAGGAGGUAGUUGCAGAGAAGAUGAUGAUCAGGUAUCAUGAUGAUCAAGAUCAUCAUCAAUUUAGUGAUGGUUUAUGAUUGAUUCUAAUAAAAUUUGUUGGUGUACAUUAAUUAAUUGUUGAUUAUUGCUGAGCAUUUUGAAUUCAUCGAGGUGUAAAUGGGUCGAUGAUAUAUAUAUUUAUAUGUUAUCUUAAGGUUUGUAGAAACCCUAAUUAAAUAUAUUUC